UGACGUGGCACCGGCACCUUUUCCUUUCCUUCCCUUCCCUGUUCCCAUCAUUUAAUUUCCCUGGUGCCUUCUCUCUUCUCUUACAUUUUCAACACAGCUUUUCUGAUCAUCAGAUUCCAAGGAAACUAAUUCCUCGGAAUCUGAUUCCUUACUGUUUUUCUUUUAUUUUCUUGUUUGCUGUUGCUAGCCUAGACAGGACAGAACAGAACAGAACUGAACUGAACUGAAAGUGUUUAGUUUCAAUUACCGGGGAUUCGAAUCGGAUUAUUUUUUUAUUUUCUUGUUCUGGGGAUUUUUAUUUUUUACCGAUCCAAGAAAGAAAACCCAUUUCAAUGGCUGCUGCUGCUAAGGAGCGAAUUGAAGUCACAAAGCAAAACUCCUUUGGUGAAGCAAGUGAUUGCUGUACCAAUGGCAGUGAACAAUCUGAAAUGGUUCUCCAGCUGAAUGAGCUGCACUCAUUUGGGAGUGACAAUAUUCCCAAGGUGAGGAAGCCUUACACUAUUACGAAACAAAGGGAAAAAUGGACAGAAGAAGAGCACCAGAGAUUCCUGGAAGCCUUAAAGCUGUAUGGUCGUGGCUGGCGUAAAAUACAAGAGCAUGUGGGCACCAAAACUGCUGUUCAAAUUCGAAGCCAUGCUCAAAAAAUUUUCUCCAAGGUGGUUUGGGAGUCAAGUGGUGGUAAUGAGAGCUCUCUCAAACCAAUUGAGAUACCCCCUCCUCGACCAAAGAGGAAACCUGCACAUCCUUAUCCUCGUAAAUCAGUUGACAUCCACAAAGGAACACCAGCAUCUAGUCAAUUGGAUGGAUCCCCAUCCCCUAAUUCAUCAGCAUCAGAAAAAGAUAACCUAUCUCCCACCUCUGUUUUAUCUGCAGUGGCUUCAGAUACUUUGGGAACUGCGCUUUCAGAGCAGCAUAACGCAUGCUCUUCUCCUACCUCAUGUACCACUGACAUGCAACCUAGUGCAAAAGAAGCUGAGCAUUUAACAUCAAAGUCGUCCAGAGAAGAGGACAAAGAAACUUUCUCAUUGAUUCAAAUGUCUUGUUCACCCCUGGAGAAAUUUUUGUCCAAGAAAUUUGAGUUGGGUUCAGAUGACACUGUAUCUGCUGAAGGUGAUGCCACCAAAGAAGCAUCUUCCACCAGUAUAAAGCUUUUUGGAAUGACGGUCAUGGUAGCAGCUUCACAAAAAAAAUCUCCUCCAGGUGCAGAACUUGUUUUGUCCAUGACAUCCAAUGAGAAUCAAGACAAUGUUGAUACUGACAAAGAGAAGCCUGCUCAGACACUGCUGCUGAAACAAUCAGACAAUGAGUUAUCACUUGGAAUGGAAAAUAGUGAUCAGAACCAGUUGCCAUCUCCAGCGUCAGUUUUUGAAUGCACAGAACUACAGAGAGGGACUGCCAACUAUUUUGCAACUAACCCUUCCAUACCAUGCUGGUUUUUUGGCAAUGGUGUGUCAGUCUUACCCCCCACAUCAUAUGACCAUACCUCCCCACCCACACCCACACCCACACCCUCAUAUAUGGCAGAAAGGUCAGAAGAAAAGGAAAUUCUUAAUGAAAGAUCUUGUACUGGUUCGAAUGCUGGAUCAGUUGGUGAAUUGGAGAAUGUAGAGAAGAGUUUGGAUGUUGUUGAUUCUCAAUGUCGACAACCUUCUGUUGAGGGAAAACCCAGCCUCCAGAAGUGUACAAGGGGUUUUGUGCCAUACAAAAGAUGUUUAGGGGAGAGAGACGUUAAGUCAACGGUGAUUGUAUAUGAAGAGCGAGAGCGACAAAGAGCUCGAGUAUGCUCAUAGUAUCCCCUUUCCUUAACUCUAUUAACCUACUCAUAGUCGGGUUAAAGAGCUGGCUUAGAUUGGAUGAGGAUGCUAUAGGGUAUUUAAGAUGAUCACUGACGAAUAUUUUAGUAAAUACACUUAGAAUAUCAUUUUUUUCUUUCAGUUUCUCUGCCAAGAUCCCGUCAAGUUACUGUAUGUUCUAGCACAUUUGAGAUGCUGAGGGUCCUCAUUGAUUGCAGCAUACUUGCGCAGUUUCAUGUUUAUUGUUUCAGAAGUUGAACAAUAGAGUGCUUCUGGAUGUUCUUCGAGGAGAAAAAUAGAACACUCAGGUUUAAUCAUUCUUGUUCAUUUUCCAGAAUUGAAAAGUCUCUCCAGAUGAUAAAGAUGUUCAUUUUCGUCCGUUGCUAUUGAAAGUGCUAGUGGCUCAUUACUCGCUAUUGCAAUUGUUUCGUAUUGUUAAUGUACUUAAUUGUACUCUUGUAUGUACUGGUAGAAAUACCCCUUUUUAGUAGCAGCCUAUGCAAUCCAAACUCGAUUCUCCAAUCCAAUUCUAUUAGAAACACUGUUUUUAAGAUUUCA